AUGGCGGUUGAAGAAGCCAAUAAAACGGCCUCCGAUGCCGAGCGCUUUGACUCUAAGGCGACUCCGAGAGUCUCAUCCGCAGAGUCUUCAUCUUCAUCAACAUAUGACGGCCCUCGAGCAAAGCAGACCGACUGCGCUUUCGAUACUACCGAAGACCCGCGGUUCUACAAGCCCAUUCCUGAAUAUGAGGGUGCCCAUCGCUGGGACCCGGACUUUGAGUGGACAGAGCAAGAAGAGAAAGCCGUUAUUGACUGGCGUGUUUGCACAUUUGCUUGUGUGACUUUCUUUGCGCUCCAGCUAGACCGUGGAAAUGUCGUCCAAGCCACGUCAGACAACAUGCUGGACGAUCUUGGCAUGACCACUAACGACUACAACACUGGCCAAACAAUCUUCUACCUAUGUUUUCUCUUCGCCGAGCUGCCCUCUCAGCUUAUAUCGAAAUGGGUCGGCCCGGAUCGCUGGAUUCCCGUACAAAUGAUAAGCUGGAGUCUCAUCGCCUCAUGCCAGGCAUUUAUCCAGAACAGGAGCGGGUUCUUCGCGACCCGCGCCAUGCUCGGUCUUCUCGAGGGCGGCUUCAUUCCAGACACCAUCCUCUUCCUAUCAUUCUGGUACAAGUCCAAGGAAUUGCCUAUCCGGCUCAGCUACUUCUGGGUGACAUAUGAAGCAACCGCAAUUAUCAGCGCCUUCCUUGCCUUUGGCUUCCUCCACAUUCGCCAAUCGGAUGGCACCGGUGGCUGGCGAUACCUGUUUGCCCUGGAAGGCUUGAUCACCGGUUUGAUCGGUAUUGUCGCUGCGUUCUGGAUGCCGCCCUCGCCUACGCAGACCGCGGGCCGGUUCCGCGGUAAGACUGGCUGGUUCAAUGAGCACGAAGAGAAAAUAAUGGUUAAUCGCGUGCUGCGCGAUGACCCGAGCAAGGGAUCUAUGCAUAAUCGUCAGGCUGUUACGCCCAGGCUGCUCUGGCAGGCACUGAAGGACUACGAUAUGUGGCUCAUCUACCUGCUCGGCCUCACUUGGAUGAUUCCCAACACGCCGGCUACGUCGUACAUCAGUCUGCAACUGAAGUCGCUCGGUUUCAGCACUUUCAACACGAACCUGCUUACUAUCCCGGCCUAUAUCAUUUUUAUUGUCAAUCUGCUAGUGUGGACUUGGGUGUCAGAGCGGUUUAAUCAACGACUGCUUCUUGGUGUCGGUGCUGAGCUUUGGGCUCUGAUCCUGUUAAUUGCGUUGGAAACUAUUUCUGAGGAUGCUAGUCCUUGGGUGCGUUGGGUUCUGCUCAUCAUGCUGAUUGGUAUGCCUUACGUGCACGCUAUUGUUGUUGCGAUUACAUCGCGUAAUGCAGGCUCUGUGAGGACGCGAACGGUUGCUACUGCGGUGUAUAACAUGAUGGUGCAGGCCAGUAGCAUCAUUGGUAACAACAUCUACCGCACCGAGGAUAAGCCGUAUUAUCACACCGGAAAUAGGGUUCUUAUGGCUCUUUCGGUGUGGAGUAUGGCGAUAUUCAUCAUUGCCAAGAUAUACUACGUGAGGCGCAACAAACAAAAUGCUGCUAUCUGGGAUAAAAUGUCUAGUGAAGAGCGGUCGCGAUAUGUCGUUGAAAACAAAGAUCUUGGAAACAAGAGAGUUGAUUUCAGAUUUUUGCAUUAG